UCUAGGAUACCUUUAUCGCUUUUUUUUAAAGCACUUUCCUAUUUCAUUUGAUACUGGGAGAUGUGCAACAAAGCAAAAAGGUUAUGGGAGUAAUAUUCGACUCUCCAAGUGCCCACGGUUAGAACUACUUCUGUGCGGAAGAGAGCGUGCUCUGGUCCCCACGAAACCUCACAUCGUGAGAUGAACUUCGCGGAGGGUUGCUAUGGCAACUGCCUCCAUCCAAAGUCUACUGAAGUCACGAAGAUGACCUAGAAAAAAAAAUACUGGGUAAUCGUUUUUACGCAUCGGCGGAAUCUGACUGGCACACGCUGUACAAUGAUUCAUUCGCCUAGAAAAAAAAAACAGAGGUCUAUAGUUCUGUACUGCAAAUCUUUUUUUUUUUAAUUAGCGGGUAUAACAAUAGGAUGUAUAAAUAUACUUGGUCUGUUGCCUGAAUAUGGAUACCAUUUAUGGUCAAGGCAUUCCAAACCACCGCGCUUUGUGUUUUUCAUGCUUCGUCUUCCUGCGAGGAGACGGGCUGUGAUGCUAUUAUGCUGAGCGUGUGGGAUGGAAGUUAACUACCUGGACCCAGUACAUUCACGCACGCCACUGCUGCAGCUAUGCGUAAUUCUCCAAAGCUGGCCAAACCGCGCCGCCCCGAGACUCCAGUGAGAUCACAGGCGCAGACGGCGACAACAAUAAUCACAUCGCCGUGCCAUCGCGCCUGCUUCAGCGGGGAGAUUAAUCGCGGAUGCGGCGAGCAGCCGUGGCUCUGGCAUUUGGAAAGGCAGAAAAAAUAGCAGAAAACGAUCAUCAAAAUAUAUGACGAGUCAGGAGGGAGAACGACGGAUUCAAGGUGAAACCCGGAUGGCACAGAGACGCGCUUAGUUCGGUGCUGGCAGAGCAGUGUAGAAUCGGGGGCAAGGCUCCAGUUAAGGAUAUUUGGCAUGCGAAGAACUGGACAGAGAUCUCCGCUACAUUUUAGUGAAAGACAUGAAGCCACUCAUCCGCCGCAUUGGGGAAUAUUUCCCAGCCCUGUGAGGAAGGAAUGUGUCUCACGCUGCGGUUACAGGGAAGCGUUCUGAAAAGGCAAGACUAGAAAAGGUCUCUUUCCUACGACUCCCACGCUGGCUUUCUGCCUUUAGAAUUGGCUCUACUGCCACGGCUGCAGGGCAGUGUCCAAUGAACCUUUUUUUCUUGGCCUUCUCUGCUCCUCUGAGCUGACAGAAAUGCUACAGCAAAACAACAACAACAACUACUCGUGCCUGGAGAGGGGCCGCGGCAGCAGCAGCAGGAAGAUCAUCUCGGAAGCUGGGGCCGAAGGCGGCGGCCCGCCGUUCACCAGCCUCCUGCAGGUCGCCUCCUUCCAGGAGUUCCGCGGCACGGCGCGCCCGGCACCGAAAACCAAGGGCUUCAGGAGCUGGGCGGUCAGCAGCGUCUGCGCCAAAGGCAGGAAGAGGGCCGCCGCUCCCAAGAGCGAUCACCGGCCUUGUCCCCAAGGAGCCGAUGGGGCCACUGUGAGCAAAACCAGACCGGGGAACGGCACUCCUGCCGGCGCCAACGCCAACACCAGCUCUCGGCUGAGAAAAUGCGGCGGCAGGCCGGCUCAAGUGAAGAGCAGCUUCAGUCUGGGGGUACAAAUUAACGCAGCGACGGGCAUAUGCUGGAGAAGCCCGAGAAGCAGAGCUAGCAAUGUGGGAUCAUUGGUAACCGUGGCAACUUUGAAAGCCUCUGAAGGCAGCAAAACACAGACCCAGUGCUUUUUCCUGCAGUCUGACGCUAAGAGCUACUGCUGCGCAACCAGGAGUCAUUACAAGAGGCCUUCUCCAUAUAUCGGCUCUGAAUUCUCCACCCAGACGCGAGGGAAAUCUGUUUUUGUAGGCGGGGGAAGGCCAGGAGGCUCAAUGACAGGGGAAGCCAGUUACUCUGGGAUGGAGCGCCGUGCGGAUGGCGUGGCAGAAAGGGCAGUGAGAGUGGGCAGCAAACAGGGCAAUCGCGCAGGACAGGAAGGGCCAGCUUUGGAUGUUGUGACCAUUGACCUGAGCCCGGUCCCAAAAGGGGAUGAACCCCGAGAGUCCCUUCCCUCCGAAGAGAAGGAAGCAGGGGACCAGGGGGAAGAGAACGAGCCAGGAAAAGGAGAAGGGAAACGGGAAACCUGCACCGUACCAAAGUUCCCAGAGGCGGAGGGACGGGAGAACACAGGCGCGGAGAAAGAUGGGAGAGACUGCCCAUCGACCCCAGGCCAGGUUCAAAUGUUGGUGCAGAACUGUGCUGUUCAAAGGGGAUCAGAAUGCCCAGGAAGCAGGAAUCAAAAGAGACCUCCAGUGGGAAUGAGGAGGGCUGUCUCAAAGGAGCACAAUCACAUGUCUCGGCUCUUCAGGGAAGAGGAGGCCUCUGUGGUACCUCAGUCUCAGCCACACCAUCACUGCUGCUCUCUCUCAGAGUGCUCCAGGCCCAGAGGUAAUGUCAGCGGCCCAGAGAACGCUGCCAAGCAAGAUGUACAGAGUGAACAUGAACCAAACUCUUCACUCGCCAGACUUGCAAAACUAACCCUUGAUGAUGAUAAAGACACAAACCAGGACACCGGAGAUUUCAAAGGCAAAGUUACGGUAACUCUUUGCGACCGGAAAGAGGACUGGCAAGAGAAAGAUGAUACAAGCCAGAAUGUCUCCCUUAUCCAGCACAAUCAAGACGGUUCUCCUUGGGAUCUGGAAGAACCUGAAAGCCGGAAUCCCAGGGGUCUCAGUGAGAAACUUCACAGUGAGUCUGUUGGUAAUGACCGAGUGAUGGGGACCUCAGACCACACAGGGAGAGGGCUGGAUGACCCAUGGGAGCAGCAGAGCUCUCCUGAUGAUGGUCUAGCCAGGCCUUUCUGCCGGUCCUGCUCUGCAGUCCUCCGGGAGCAGCCACAGAUCACUUGUGCUGAUGACCCUGAGCUUCGUAGGGGCAAUUCAGGCUCCGACCAGACAACACAAUUUGUGACGUCAGACUCCAUAAAGGAAUGGCUCGAAGGUGCUGAGGAUUUCUCCAGAUCUAAGGCCGAGGAUAGCCCCGGACCAGUGGAAAUGACUGGGAACACUGGAAUGGGCAGUUCUGGCAGUCCCAGGUGUGAAAGCAAAAGACGUGUCGAAAGCAGUCAUGAUGGAAAAUGGAGGGAAUGCUGGAGAGAAAAGGCAAAAACGUCAGAGAAGGUGUCCCUGCCAAAAGAUAAUGCUUACAACAGUAACAAGGCUGUAAGCCACACAACAACUGACACACGUGAGAGAACUAACAAUGACGGGAAUGAGACGGGCCUGAAUUCCCAAGAGGGAACCUUGAAACAGAGGGCUCUGGUAACAGACUUUAGUGAAGGAACAGACCGUGGAUGCAGAAGUGCAGGGAACGCCGAGCCUGGGGAAGCAGACUCUGCCUGCUUUUCUGUGUGUGCCAAUUCCCCCUCAAGAGGCCCUGGGACUGCAGCAGCAGCACGAGCCCCAGCCGGGCCUAAUCCAUCAGCGCCGGUAACCAUGGUGACCCUCUCAGCCCAGGAGAGAUCCCUGCCUGAGGUUGAAGGUCGCCUGCUUCCCCAGCACUCGAUGGGAGAGCCCCACGGUCACAGAAGCACAGCGGCUAAUGAGAGGGGAAGCCCCGAUAUCGAACAAGGCGCCGGAGAUGACGAGUUUGGCGUUUUUGUGCAGGCAGGGGAGCCUUUCUCCUGGGACGACAGCUUCACUGACUUUCGCCAAGUGCCUUGUGGACUGAGGGAGAGCAAUGAGGAGGUGUGGACGGCGUUUCCACAAGAGGGCAGCGAUGGGCAGAACGCAGGGGAGGAGAAAUGGCCGCCGUCCGGCCCAGCGGGGCAGUGGUGGCACGACAGCGCUCUGGAGGAACCCAGAAGCACCCCGCUGGACCUGGCUGCUUUGUUCCGGGAGUCUUUUCCCAGCACAGGAUCUUCCUUCUGCGAGGCAGAGCAUGUCCCUACGCUGCAUCAGCUCCUGCAGAGAAAGCCUGGAGAUAAAGAUGCAACUGGGGAAGAAAGGUGCUUGCUGGAGGGGCUUCAGGAUGUGAAUGAGAUGAUUGGCUUCAGAAUCAAAUGGGCAGAGUCGGUCUCUCAGACACUCCUCCUGCAUUCUCUCCGUAUCGACCCAGACAGCAGGGAGAGUGUGGAAAACUCCUGGACGAUGGGUGACAGCCCCUCCCACAGCCAGCUCAAAAUUCGGCAGUGGAGCCCCGCUGACCGCAACACCAAGACCAAGCUGUCCUACGACAUCAACAAGAACGUACUGGCUUGAACAGGGGGCUUGGCUAGGCCACGGCGAUCUGUCAGUCAGCAGUUUGUGGUUGGGGAGAAAUUCAUUUGAUAAUCCGAAAAAGAGAGUCACAGUGCUGUGAGUUUGACUGGCACUUAACAUUACAGUACGCUAAAAAACCUCUGACAAGCCUGGCUAAGAACGAACAAAAACUGCUCUGUCCUAACCCUCAAGACCAUCACGAACAAGAGAGAGCUGACUGGAUCUUCUUGUUUAUAUUCCUGUGGGUUUUCAUGCAUUUUAAUUGUUUUCCCUACAAGGGCCAUGGAAUAGGAUGACUCAAGAGGCUUGGGCUUUGGUACAAGUUUUUUUUAAAGCCUUCGUGAAACACAUUUUGGGAGCACUGAACAAGCUACUCGGCCAUGUUGUUGAAGCCGAUACUUCCGUCAAGAAACAGCUGGAUCAGAUCUUUGGAUCAGUUAGCUACUAACUAGUGGGCUAGAUGGGUCUAGUUUGUAACCUUUCGAAUGUUAUUAUGUAUGUCUUGAUAUGGCUGAUGCACUCCCCCAUCAGCAUUAUGGCUAAUAACACACCUUUCUUUGUACAUCAGGAAGGAACAUCUGUACUUCACCCUUCAUUUUGCUACCUUCUACAUUAAAAUCCCUCGGAGUCAUUUUGACAAAGCUCCGUAUUGAUCGGUGGUUGACUCCUUUUAAAAUAUAAAUACCUAUCACCCUGCUUUCAAACCGUUUAAUGAUUUAACAGGAAAAUGACAGAAACUACUUAUUGGUCACCAAUUGUCUGCACCAUUUGUUGACUUUUUAAAAAAAGCUCAAAGCAUAUUUUAAAAACAUUUUACUUAAUGUUUGUCUAUCCUUGAAAAACUCUGAAAACUGUCAGCACAGCUGGAAAUUAAUUUAAGAAAACACCAUGCCAUUUGUAUGACCUAUUUACUCUGUUAACAACUGGUUAUUUAAAUAAUAUUUUCUGAAACGGUUAAAAGUGUAAAAAAUUUGAACUGGACUUGCUAACUUAUUACGUAAUAAAGAAAACAUUCAUGUGAA